GACCUUACCAACCGCUUCAUAGGCAACAAUAAUUUCCGCAUAGCAAAGCCUCUGCGUGCGGGAGGAUAUGGCUUUGUGUACCAUGCACUCGACACUGCUGUCCCCCCCCAUAUCCGCAAGGAGUACGCCGUCAAAUGUAUGUUGAAAGCCACUCCUGACCAUCCCAUGGCGCGCCGUCAGGAUCGCGAAAUGGCCCUCCAUGCAAUGGUCUCGCACCACCCUGGUGUCAUUACUCUCCACCGUGUCGUGGAACAGGGAGGUUUCCUGUUUCUCGUUAUGGACCUCUGCAAGUCUGGGGACAUGUUUGACGCCGUCAUGGUGCGGCAGAUUUACAAGAACAAUGAUGAGUUGUUGAAGCUGGCCUUCACCCGACUCAUCGAUGCUGUCGAGGGUUGCCAUGAGCGGGGCGUAUUUCAUCGCGAUCUGAAGCUGGACAACAUCCUUGUGUCGGAGGACGGAUCGCAGGUGUGGCUCACAGAUUUCGGGCUCGCGACUUCGGACGUCAUGUCGACUGAGUAUGGCAACGGUACUCCCACCUAUAUGAGCCCUGAAUGCACGAGGCGAAUCCCUGAGGGAUCAUUUUCUUCCGCGGCAAGCGAUGUAUGGUCUCUCGGUGUCAUCCUUUUUAACAUGAUCACCCUCAGCAACCCCUGGAACCACACAAGAUCUGAUGACAAUAUGUUCAAAGACUACCUCUGCAAUCAGGACUUCACUCCCAAAUAUGCCAUGUCUGAUGCGGCCAACACCCUCUUCGAACGCAUCUUUACCCUUGAUCCCUCCUGUCGCAUAUCUUUGGCGGGGUUGCGUGAGGAGGUG